AUGAACAAUCCCACCAUGGCAGAACAUCAACAACAGAACAAGUUUUUUCACUUGUCGAGCUUAUGCAUAGAGUACGCAUGGCAUGAGUGGAUCCUGCCACUCUGUUCUCUGAAAGGCACCAUCUUUACCUCUUCAUGGAUUCGAUACCGAGUACGGCCUGCGCCAUCUGGGUGUUCUCUCGCCGUCCAUGUCUCGAGCAACCCGUGUGGCUAG